AUGGUCACGAACGCGUCUCUCUCUUCCCCGACAUGCUCUCAUAUUUUCCCUUGUCCCUUUGGCGAGUCGUACGUGAUGUCUCGGAAGCUCAGGGCCGCCGCAGGCCGAGUAGCAGCAGAAACACAGCGGCAUAAUGCAGUCACAGUUGCGCGGGGCCAUCCACCUAGGUGCUCGGAUAUCGCCCCUCGCUCGGGAACAGAACACUGGGCUAAGAUGCGGCAUGAGAACGGAUACCCAGUUAGAGUUGUGGCCAGACCUGGCGGCGAAUACCUGCAUUUUGCAAGCUUCCCCUUGCCCCCAUCCUCCAGUGAGUGCACGCGAGUGGUGUGCAAAAGAUAG